CUACUCGAAUCCCAUCGUUGACUGAACUGCCUUUAAGGAAAGACAGAUGGUGAAUAACUCUGUACUCUCCUGGGAAUUUUUGGGGACCAAGCCGAGGGGGGAAAUGAUAUAUAAGGGGUAAGGUGGGUCUAUGAAGGGCCCAGCUAAUCUGCCUUGUUCCAGUUCUUUCCGUAACUUCUUUGUCAACUCUUGUGGUGCUUCACUGACUGACUUCAAGUUUGGGUAUAUAGUGUUAUACUGCAGGUGGGAAUAUGAAUGAGUGAAGGAAAAACCAAAGGAAAAACCAUCGAUCAGGAAGGUUAGUUGAUCCUUUCCAUAAUCUUGUAGGAAAUGUUUCAGCCUAGUUGGAUUUACCGGAGUUACCACUCCAUGGCUUCCGGGAUUUUCCCUCUGAUUUGGCUUUGGAUUGGCCACCCUGCUGACCCUUGGAUCUCUUUCCUCAUGAUGACCUGGGAUGGUUCCUGGAGCAUUGAGGGCAGUUGUGCUUGUAACCGCAAUAGAUGUCCUGUGGACAACCUUUCCUUUUGUAAUAGCUGUAGCAAAAUCCUUCUGGGAUAUGUCCAAUAGGGGAUUGAUUGUCACGGGAUCGAAAAGAAUGCUUGCCGGGGUGGUUAGGGGGGUAUUAGAGGCGGAAUUCAGGGAUGGCGUCGGUGGGUUCUUCGUGAUGGGAAGCCCACAUGGUGGAGGCAGAGCUGGUCAAGUCUUUGGCCCGCAACCAGAUCUCGAAGUGCAACAUGCCCCAGGGGAAUCUGGACUUAGAGCGUUCAUCGCGAAACUUUUCGUCAUAAAAUCUCCAACCUUGUCCCUUUUGGUAUAGCUCAAUGACCGUAACCAUAUGUUUCAGAAGGCUCUGGGCGGGUUCCAGGAAACGAAGUGUGUACACUGAAUGGAAUAUAUUUAAAGCUCUGCACCAAUCCGGGAAUGUUAGAACGCGUUCUUUCUUCCCCGUGUUGCUGAGGUUGACAUGUUUGGACUCAUGUGAACCAUCAUCCCUAAUCUCUGUCAAGACAAAAUCAUUAUGCUUCUGUUCCCUGGGCCCUUAAUCAGAGUGGAUAAAUUGAUGUAUUCCUCCGACCAAAUAUUUUCUUAUCUUCUGAGGGAUGAGAGCAUGGAGUGGGCCAGAUUGCAUAGAGACAGCCAGCUGAU